AUGAUGACUUCGAUAGUGUUAAUAGCAACAGUUUUAUACAAUGACGAACAGAAUCCUUUAAUAUUGGUAACCGAAACCACCCAAAAUCCCAUAUGGAAUUACGAUUUUCCCGCUAUAACUAUUUGCGAGAAUAACAAGAUUUCUAAAAAGAAGGCAAAUGCAUUUGCAAGACACUUAGCGAAACAUAACGAAUCUUUGAACGCAGAAACAUUAAAGAAACAAUUACGAUAUUUGUAUUACUUAAUCGAUACCUUAAACGUUAACGACGAAAUCGCCGAAGAACUAUUUAAUUUGCAACGAAUUCUCGAUCACCACAAUUACACCGCUCAUUCUGUACUAAGGCGACUAGGAAACUCCUGCGAUGACAUAACGAUAAAGUGCAUUUGGAGCGGAUUGACCAAAAAAUGCUCGAAUAUAAUCAAGCAAGUUAGAACCACGCAAGGGUAUUGUUGCAGCUUCAAUAAUUUCGUAUUCGCGAAUGCAACUCCUUCGACUGGAUUCAUUUCGGAUAAAGAACCAAACGCACCUUUCAGGACUUCAAGUUGCGGAUACCACUCAGGAUUAAUUUUGCUCAUAGAUAAUGAUAUCGAUGAUUAUUACGCCUCUUCGGUUCCUACGCUAGGACACCGGAUACAAAUUCACGAUCCCUAUUCCUUUCCCGAUAGGAACUCUAGGAACUCUUUUAGCCCGGCCAGCGUUCUAAACGUGUUAAGCAUUUUCGCGCAAAGUACGCACUCAUCCGAAGAAGUCCGGAAAAUUCCCGUGAAAAUUAGACAGUGCCUGUUUCCCGACGAGAGAAAACUACAUUAUUUCACGCGGUACACAUUCGCCAAUUGUCUGGUGGAAGCCAGAAUGAAUUUGACCAAGCGAAUUUGCAAUUGCACGCCAUUUUUCUAUUUCAGGCAAAUCGAUAGUCCAGAUCUUAGAGUUUGCAAUCUUAUAGAUGUGCCGUGUCUAUCGAAAAUAGAAAGCAAGUAUUAG